AUGGAAAUGUGUGAGCGGAAUCCUUUAAAUCCCGGUUAUGUCGGAUCCCUGUUGAACUUCGCUCCCCCCGACUCGCUGUACUUGUCCAACCUGCGCGGCAAUGGAGCCCACAUGCCCGGGCUGCACCAGCUCCCGUACGGCCGGAGAGACGUGUGCGCGCACCCGUGGACUCCCUCAAGUUCGUGUGGACCUGCACCACCUCCAGCUCAGGCCCGCGCCUUCGGCGGUUUCUGCCCCCCGUUUGUGUCCGGCGGCCACGUCAAGGCGCAUCUGGAGGCGCAGCAGGAAGAGGCUCGCUGCUUCCAGGAGACAAGCCGGAAGACAGAGGAGUCCUGCGGGCCGGAUGGGGCUUACGCCUCAGAGCACGGGCUCCGAGCUUACUCUGAGCUGGACGGCUCUGUGACGCAACUCGGUCCAGAGUCAGCAGCUCCACUGAACAGCACCAAACAGGAGCCAGACCCCACAGAGACCGCAUCAACUGAGGCGUGCUGCAGGACGACUUUUGGCCAAGGUGUCCCGUGGUGCUCCUCGCAUGUCAAAACGAGGAAGAAGAGGAAGCCUUACUCCAAGCUCCAGCUGGCUGAACUUGAGAAUGAAUUUCUGAUGCAUGAAUUCAUCACGCGACAGAAACGCAAAGAACUGUCGGACAGACUGGAGCUGAGCGACCAGCAGGUGAAAAUCUGGUUUCAGAACCGCAGGAUGAAGAAGAAGCGACUGAUGGUGCGCGAGCAGGCUUUUUCCGUGUACUGAUUGGACUUGGUCCUGACCAGCAUUA